AUGCCUACUACACAGAAAUCCCUCGUUCUCGACAAAAAAUUCGGCAAUCUGGUCAUCCAGGACACUGAAAUAUACAAACCUGGCCCCGGAGAAAUCCUCAUCAAGGUCCAAGCGACGUCGCUCAACCCAGUUGAUUGGAAGAUUCAGAAAUAUGGAGCAUUUUUGGAGGAAUUCCCAGCCGUUCUGGGUACCGAUGUAGCUGGAGACGUUGAAGAGCUCGGUGAAGGAGUUACUGAAUUCAAGAAAGGGGAUCGAGUCUUCAUUCAAGGCAGAUUUGAGAACAGAGCUAGUAGUUUCCAGCAAUACACAACUGCCGUCGCCGAAAGCGUCGCAAGAAUUCCUCCCAAUUUCACAUACGAGCAGGUCGCUGCACUUCCCGUAGUCCUGACAUGCGCAUAUGUAGGACUAUACAAUCAACAGCCAUACGGCUUAGGUAUCGCUCCACCAGUAGACGAGUCCACCCAAGGAACUUACGCCGGAACACCUAUUGUCGUUCUCGGUGGUGCGACCUCGGUUGGGCAAAUAGCCCUUCAGCUCGCAAAGCUCUCCGGUUUCUCUCCGAUUUUCACAACCGCGUCUCUCAAACACACAGAGUUCUUGAAAUCGCUAGGAGCUACGGCUGUUCUUGAUCGCAGCCUUUCGUCCAGUGAUAUCAUUUCUGAGAUAAAGAAAGUGACCGAUAAGCCAAUCAAUUUGCUAUACGAUGCCGUUUCUUCAGCAGCCACGCAGCAACUUGGAUUGGACAUUCUGUCUGCUGGUGGGCAAAUGAUCACAGUUCUUCCAUUGGCCGUCAAAGUCCCGGAGGAUAAGAAAGUCAUUCCUAUUCUCGGAUUGUUGAGGUCGCCAGAGAAUGUGGAACUCACUCGUACAUUGUAUCACGACAAAAUAGCAGGGUGGCUCGAGAAGGGUGUGAUCAAGCCAAACAACAUUGAAAUUCUGCCAAAUGGCCUGGCUGGAAUACCCGAUGGGUUGAAGCGGAUGGAGGCAGACCAAGUUUCUGGUCUGAAACUCGUGGCACGACCUCAAGAAACAAAAUAG